UGGCAAAGUAGAUUAAAAAACACAAUAUGAAUAUAUUUUUAUCAGAUUUAACUAAUUAUUUAAAAUGGCGUCGUCAUCUGCCAGUUGGGUUAAAUUCUUCAAAGAUGCUGGAAUUCCAGCUGAUCAAAGUGCGAAGUACGCUGUGAUGUUUUCGGAUCACAGAAUACAGAAAGGAAUGCUCGGUGAUUUGGAUCGCGAUAUUUUAUCCGACAUCGGAAUAAAAGCUGUCGGGGAUAAAAUGGCGAUUAUGAAGCACGCCAAGUUCGUGGAUGACCAAACAAAGCGUGACGCUUCAUCGAAGAUUCUUGCAGACGGAAUUAAGACUCUUGAAAAUCGUACGAGUAAGGGAUCGUCACCGGCACAAAGAAUGAUAAACCAUAGCAUUAAUAGUCGUUCACCUUCUGGUAGAAAUUCUCCUAAAAUUGUUGUCGAAAAUGUAGAGAAACCGAAAAAUUUGGCUGAAGAUUUUGACCCAAGAAAGACGGUGUUUGAUAGACUAGGGGUCGAUUCACCGAACAAAUCGCCUUCCAAAAGUAGCGGGAUAUUUAAACGGCUUGGAGGGGAGUUACCCAGCGAGGAACUCCCUUACGCUGGCAUAUUGAAAAAGCCGUCAUCGCCUGUGACAACAAAAAAGAAAAUUCUCAUCGUUAAGAAAGCAAAGUCAACGAGUGUUCUUGAUCGGCUUGGAGUGCAAAAGUCCCCUCCCCAAGUUGUUAAAAAACCUGUUACUGUCACCAUGGCAAAGAAAGUUGUUUCAAUUAAAAAGAAACCUGUUGCCGUAGCAACAACGACAUCACCAACCAAAGUUUUAAUCAAGAGAAAUGUAGAAACCCCAAAAACUGGGAUUAAAAGGUCAUCUAAUGUACUUGAUCGUCUCGGAGAUAUCGUUACAAGCACAACGAAGCAAACCGAAGAAGCGACUGAGGAAUCUCCAGCUAUUAAAAGAAAAUUAAUAGUUGUCGGACAAAAGAAAAAACCUGCAACUUUGAAACGCAAAUCGACCGGUGACAUUCGGGAGAAAAUUUCUGCUAAGAAGCCUAUUUCAAGUAACACUGUGUCCAGUACUUCUUCUGCUGGGAUUUUUAAAGGUGCAGCUCAGGCCAGUUCAAGUGUCUUUGCUCGUCUCGGUGCCAAAUGACAGCAGCCGCUAGCAAGGAUGUCCAAAAUAAAUAGAAUUUUGCAGCUCCAGAAAUAUGUGCACCAAGAUGGCGCACAACCUGAACAUAGUAUGUGUACCAGGUUAGCGUUCAGGUUGUGCGCCAUCUUGGUGAACAUACAUCAGGAACGAAAAAUUUUCGAAUCGAUUUGGAAUUUAUUGUGUUCAAUAUUUUGAAUUAAUUUUUGAAAUAUUCAAAAUAGUUUCAUUUUAAAUUAUUUUUUAAAGAUUUGAAGUCACACAGUAUCAUGAAGUAAACCUUAAUAUUUCUGAAAUUAGAAAACUAGCAAAUUACUGUUUUCUGUGGUGUGUUGACCUAGUGGUCGGCAACACAGAUUACUUAGCUUGGGUCCAAAUUACUUCCCCCCCACCUUACCCAGGGUGUAAUAAAUUAGGUAGCCAAUGCCAAACUGGAAGGAACAAGUCUUUCGAAUAGGAGUAACUCCUCUCAUAUCGUUAAAUGUCAAUGGCUGCUUGUAUAGAGCCUUACAAAUGUUCUUACUGGAUGGGCUGUGUGGUUUGGCAAUGUUUUCUGGUACUGGAGCUUGAAUCAAAUUUUAAACUUUCCUGUGGUCUUGGAUCAAAAUUUUUUUGGAUUCUGAACAUGUUCUGUUGUUGGGACUGGUUUAAAAAUUCAAAAGCAUGCAUUAGUGCCUUCAGAAAAUAUGUGGAAUGAAAUAUUCCUGGUUUGGUAAACGGGGUGAUAGGAGCUGAUUCAGCUGAAUAAUUUGUAAUUUUUGAACUCAUUGAAAUUUACUGUUUUUUCUUGUAUUGAUCUGAUGUUUUUGCAGUAAAAUUGUAUCAUAUGUUACAGAUUUUAUACCAAAAAUUCAUUUUAAAUAUUCAAAUUGGAUUGCAAGAUAUGAUUCAAGGACUAUUAUUAAUAUACGAUCACUUCUAUCCAGCUGGUUAAUUUCAACUGGGUAUUCCCCCUCCUUUUUUAUCCUUUAACCAUCUGUUUUAUGAUAUUUUGUAUGUUUUUCAAUGAUAAGGACAAUACUAUUCCGACCCCUUCAAUAUGGAAAUUCAGUAAUGCAUAUCUGGCCAGAAUCUAGAAUAUCAAAAUAGUACUAAGUGCCUUAGGAAUUUACUUUAAACGUGCUGUCUGAAACUACUAUUUUCAUAACUUGAGAUAAUCAGACUUUUUUAGGAAAAAAUCUUUUAAAUAUUCAGGUAAAUCAUGAUUUAUGUCAAAUGUUAUGAGUCCUAUUUUUACUCUUGAUAAAUUCAAUACAAAAUUAUCAAAUAGGA